UCGGCUCUUUUACCAAUAUUACCAGCCCAGUUCUUCCUAUCCUUGCCUAGCUAGGGCUGGUGUUUCCGCACCCCGUCGUGGACAGUGGCUGCUGAGUGGCCGCUCUGUGUUCGGGUCGUCAUGGCUGGUUACGAAUACGUGAGCCCGGAGCAACUGGCUGGCUUUGAUAAGUACAAGUACAGUGCUGUGGAUUCCAAUCCCCUCUCUCUGUAUGUCAUGCAUCCGUUUUGGAACACUGUAGUAAAGGUAUUUCCUACUUGGCUGGCUCCAAAUCUGAUAACCUUUUCUGGCUUUCUGCUGGUUGUAUUCAAUUUCCUGCUUAUGGCAUACUUUGACCCUGACUUUUAUGCUUCAGCACCAGGCCACAAGCAUGUGCCCAACUGGGUCUGGAUUGUAGUGGGCAUCCUCAACUUCGUAGCCUACACUUUAGACGGUGUGGAUGGGAAGCAAGCCCGCAGAACCAAUUCCAGCACCCCCUUGGGGGAGCUUUUUGACCAUGGCCUGGACAGCUGGUCAUGUGUUUACUUUGUGGUGACUGUGUAUUCCAUCUUUGGACGAGGAUCAUCUGGUGUCAGUGUUUUCGUUCUUUAUCUGCUGCUGUGGGUUGUUUUGUUCUCUUUUAUCCUGUCCCACUGGGAAAAGUAUAACACGGGGGUUCUCUUCCUGCCGUGGGGAUAUGACAUUAGCCAGGUGACUGUUUCUUUUGUCUACAUAGUGACUGCGAUUGUGGGAGUUGAGGCCUGGUAUGAACCUUUCCUGUUUAAUUUCUUAUAUAGAGACCUAUUCACUGCAAUGAUUAUUGGUUGUGCAUUAUUUGUGACUCUUCCAAUGAGUUUAUUCAACUUCUACAAAAGCUACAGAAAUAACACCUUGAAACACAGUUCAGUCUAUGAAGCCAUGGUUCCCAUCUUCUCUCCGUGCCUGCUGUUCAUUUUGUCUACAGUGUGGAUCCUGCAGUCGCCUUCGGACAUCUUGGAGCUCCACCCGAGGCUGUUCUACUUCAUGGUCGGGACGGCCUUCGCCAAUAGCACAUGCCAGUUGAUUGUUUGUCAGAUGAGCAGCACGAGGUGUCCAACUCUGAGCUGGUUGCUGGCCCCUCUCCUCCUGGUCGUCAUGGUGGUAACCCUGGGGGUCUCUGCGCACACCGAGAGCCUCCUCCUGUAUGCACUGACAGCUGUUUGCACUCUGGCGCACAUCCACUACGGAGUACGAGUGGUAAAGCAACUGAGCGACCAUUUUCAGAUUUACCCCUUCUCAUUGAAGAAGCCAAACUCAGAUUGACUAGGAAUGGAAGAAACGAAUGUUGGCCUGUAGUCCACAGAGAGAAGUACUGUAAAUAAGAUGCUUGUAAAUAUUUCAUCCAUCACCUUCGAACUAAACUGAUCUGUUUAACAGACAUGGGAACUCUGCGUGUGGUACUUGAACAGCAGGAAUGGUACACAUCAUCUGAAACUCGGGAUUUCGAACCUACUAACUCCCAGCUUGUUUUAUUUUUUUAUAAAACCAUGUGAUGUUUCGGUUCAGCAUAAUGUACAUUAGACCAGCAAAAUGUUUCUAGUGAUUUUAGCUUCAUGAGUCCAUAAUGUUUUGGUUCAUACAGAGUUAAAGAUGCUUUAUUUUUAUUAUUUUCAAAGCCCCCGAAU